AUGGCCAGAGGUUUCGAAGACGUCGAGUACCCAGACGACGUAAUAGAUGAGAUAAGGGCUGAGAUCAGGCGGCUCGACAAAAAACUCGCAAAGAAUUUGCUGAAUGCUCUAGGUGGCGUUGCCGAGUUGCGCCUCUCAAUCUACGAGUUCCUAUGCGUAGAGAAAGACGGUGUUCACAUACCAGAUUUCACCCACGACUUCUUUCAUGAACACGAUACAGCAGACGUGGUGAAUCUGGUCGCUAUAGAGGAGACAUCCUGGCCUGAUAUACCAGAUCAAGACGAGAAGAAAGCGAUCGUAAAUCGUCGACUGGCAGCUAUCAGAGAACGUUACAUAUUUGAUCCCAAGCUAUUUGGUUCUCAGAUGGCUCAGGAAGUCACAGAGGCCUUCCUCGAGAUGAACGUACUUCACUUCCGCGAUGCACGAUUUAUGAACGGAUUUAUCAACACACCUUUCCCGUGCGGGUCUGUUCCCAAAGAUCACGUCCGGAAUAUCGUAAUCUAUAUACGAUUUGAAGACUUCCUCGAGAGAGCUGGUUGA